CGCGUUAGAUUAUAAAACCCUUGCGGGCGGUGUCAGCCCUAGUUGGAUCGGUUCCUAGUCCUGUUGUUGAUCACAUGCGCCAUCCUGCACGACCCCGCGCCCGUUUGUCGCGACAGCGCUCGCAGCGACCGGUGAUAACUUGAAUCCCUGAUCCCGACGCCGGAGGGCGAGAUGAAAGCGCUGGCCUCCCGAGCCGUCCGGACCUGCGAUCGCUUGUGGCAGCCCGAACCGGCCCUUCUGCCCCCGGGGUGACGCGCAGCCCCCAGCCGCCCAGACAAAUGGCCCCACGCCAAGUGCACUAUCAGCUCACCCCCUGGAGGGAUGCCCACCCCUUCUUCCUCCUGUCACCACUGAUGGGCUUUCUCAGCUGGGCCUGGAGCCGGCUGAGGGGCCCAGGAGCUCCAGAGCCCUGGCUGCUGAAAUCAAUAACAAGCGCAGAUCAGGGAGAAGCUGGCCUGGAGGGAGAAGCUAAGGCUUCUUUGGCUGCCCACUAUGCCCCCUGGGGCAGGCACCCUCAAGGGGAGGCUACUGAAGAGGAUGGAGAAGCAUCCUGGGGCGCCCGCCCUGAUCUGAAAGCCAACAAUUCUCUUCUUGAAGCCUGGGGACUUUCAGAUGAUGAAGACUAUGGUAGGGAAGAAGCAACCAGUGUCCCUAGGGAGCAGGGAAGUGAAUAUAUAGAUGGCCAGCCUACUUUCCUGUCCCCCAGCCUUUUGAGAAGAACCCUGCGAGGCCCUCCUGGGGAGGAGGAAUUUGAGGAAGGAGGAGUUGCUGAAGAUAAAGUGACCACAUUCUUCUCUUUCCCUCCAUCACACUGGGGGUGCCACCCAGGGGUGGAAGGGGAGGAGGAAGAGGACAGAGAAGCUGUAAACAAAGAAGCUUCCAGAACAUGUACUUCCACCUUAUCUCUGGGACCCAAGCCCAGAGCUUGGGCGUAUUGUGCAGGGGAGGAAGAAGCUUGUGCCAAGGAGGAAAAAAGAACAGAGAAUAAAGAAGUCAGUACGCCCUCUAUUUCCCCUUCAUCUGCAGGCCCCUACCCCAGCACCUGGGAGUGUUGUUCAGAAGAGGAGGGAGAGGAGGAUGGAAAGGCUGAGAAAAAAGCUGACCUAGGGCCACACUCAGUUCUAGCCCCGAGGCCCCUGCUCAGGACCUGGCAACAUCAACCCAGUAAGAUCACAGAGGAAGAUGAUGAAGAAGAUGAGGACAGUGUUUCAGGGGAAGCUGAGGGUCUGUCUUCCGACUCACACACAAGCACCUUCUUGAGGGCCUGGGUGUAUCGACCAGGGGAGGACUCGGAGGAGGAAGAUGAGGACAGUGAUUCAGGAGCAGCUGAAGAAGAGGGAGAAGCUGAGGGUCCCUCUUCUGCCCCUCCCACAAGCACCUUCUUGAGGGCCUGGGUGUAUCAACCAGGGGAGGACUCGGAGGAGGAAGAUGAGGACAGUGAUUCAGGAGCAGCUGAAGAAGAGGGAGAAGCUGAGGGUCUCUCUUCUGUCCCUCCCACAAGCACCUUCUUGAGGGCCUGGGUAUAUCGACCAGGGGAAGACUCGGAGGAGGAAGAUGAGGACAGUGAUUCAGGAGCAGCUGAAGAAGAGGGAGAAGCUGAGGGUCCCUCUUCUGCCCCUCCCACAAGCACCUUCUUGAGGGCCUGGGUGUAUCGACCAGGGGAGGACUCGGAGGAGGAAGAUGAGGACAGUGAUUCAGGAGCAGCUGAAGAAGAGGGAGAAGCUGAGGGUCCCUCUUCUGCCCCUCCCACAAGCACCUUCUUGAGGGCCUGGGUGUAUCAACCAGGGGAGGACUCGGAGGAGGAAGAUGAGGACAGUGAUUCAGGAGCAGCUGAAGAAGAGGGAGAAGCUGAGGGUCUCUCUUCUGUCCCUCCCACAAGCACCUUCUUGAGGGCCUGGGUGUAUCGACCAGGGGAGGACUCGGAGGAGGAAGAUGAGGACAGUGAUUCAGGAGCAGCUGAAGAAGAGGGAGAAGCUGAGGGUCCCUCUUCUGCCCCUCCCACAAGCACCUUCUUGAGGGCCUGGGUGUAUCGACCAGGGGAGGACUCGGAGGAGGAAGAUGAGGACAGUGAUUCAGGAGCAGCUGAAGAAGAGGGAGAAGCUGAGGGUCCCUCUUCUGUCCCUCCCACAAGCACCUUCUUGAGGGCCUGGGUAUAUCGACCAGGGGAAGACUCGGAGGAGGAAGAUGAGGACAGUGAUUCAGGAGCAGCUGAAGAAGAGGGAGAAGCUGAGGGUCCCUCUUCUGCCCCUCCCACAAGCACCUUCUUGAGGGCCUGGGUGUAUCGACCAGGGGAAGACUCGGAGGAGGAAGAUGAGGAUGAAAAAGAUGAUUCAGAAACAGCUGACUCAGGGCCAAGUUCUUCCCUUCAGGCCCAGAGUGCCCUCCUCAGAGGCUGGGCAUAUCCAUCUGGAGAGGAGACAGAGGGAAAGGAAGCUGCUGAGGAGUGGGAGGAAGAGCCCCACCCCUUCCGAGUGACCAUCUAUUUACCUGGAGAGAAGCCACCACCUCCCUGGGCUCCUCCUCGGCUGCCCCUCCGACUGCAAAGACGGCUCAACUCCCUCAAGUCCGCAGAAACCACCACCCAGCAUCUGGACCCUGAGACCCCCCAAAAAGCCAGAAAGGUACGCUUCUCUGAGAAGGUCUCCAUCCAUUUCCUGGCUGUCUGGGCGGGACCGGCCCAGGCUGCCCGCCGGGGCCCCUGGGAGCAGCUUGCCCGGGAUCGCAGCCGCUUUGCCCGCCGAAUUGCCCAGGCCCAGGAGAAGCUGGGUCCCUGCCUCACCCAUGCAGCCCGGGCCAGGGCCUGGGUACGCCUCGGGAACCCUCCCCCUUCCCUGACUGCCAUAUCUGCCCCUACCCAGACUUUGCCCACAUCCACUGCCCAGGCCAUGGCCUUGAGCCAUGCUGUGGCCUCUCCCUCCCCUCUUUAUGUGUCCCUGUCUCCUUGCCUUGACCUCAGUGGGAGACGUGGCUAAGGUCAUGUGGUUUGCGUGUUAUUAACUAUUUAUUUUUUUUUUACCAGUUGGUUUAAGAAAUAAAGCCUUUUGAUUUGUAGUGAA